CUUUCAUUUGGUUCAGUGCAUAAGUGCUCUCAAAAUCAGGUGUGUUCUUCUGUUUAGGUGACGAGAAAAACUUUCGGAUCACGAUGGGAACUUCCUCCAGCACUCCGAGGACGGUCACCGUGGACAAUGAUUCCCCGGCCGGAGUCAUCGACAUCUCCGACGACGUUGUCCAGCGGCUGAAGACGGGAUUGCCACCGAAGGAAGGAACCCGUCAGCAAAGUGCCCCUCGCCCUGCCGCCGAUGGCACCGGUCCAAGUUCGUAUCCCAACCCGUUGCCUCCGCCACCGGCCGGCUAUGAGGAGCCCUCGUUGACCUCGAUGCAAGUUCGCCGGGAGAAGGAACAAGAGCUGCGGGCAAACGACAUCUACUGGACGAAGCGCCUGCAGACCCUGGAAGCGAACCUCCAGAAAACCAAUCAGAUUAUGGAGAAGGAAUAUAAUGAUGCGAUCGUUGAUGUUAAGAAGCGCUUCGAGAGCACUGCCGUAGCCCAUCAGCUGCCACCGUGCCAGGACCUAAAGGCAAAGGUGGUCGAAUGCUACAAGAAGAAUCAGCACGAAACGCUGAACUGUUCCGCAGAUGUUAGGGCGUUCACAGACUGCGUCAAUCUACACCGUAUUCAAGUACUGAAGGAAAAGGCAUCCGUCGAAAAACCAGCAGAAGCAAAAUAAUCGAAAGAAAAUGUGCUGAUGCUUAAACUUAUCACUAGAGAGGUAAUUUGUGUUCUUUAGUUUGUACAUAAAAAAGAGAUAAAUUAUCGAGAAAUGGUUACACCAAGCAAGCAGCAAGCUUUACUCACCAAUGUUUCUGAUACAGAUAAGAUCUUAACAGAUAGAAGCUUAAAAGACGAUUUAAA